UAAAGUAGUGAUUUACACGGAUUUUUUUGCGUGGGGUUGCCAAUAGUUAAGAAGUGUGACACAAUCAGUGUAGUUAGAGACUCACUCUGUUAGUGUCAAUCGUAGGCGGAUUAUAACGUUAUUUUCCUCUUUCCUCAACGUUUUAUGCUUCCUCUUCAUGGUCUUACUUGAGUCAUUGGACGUUGGUCUUAUUUCGGACAUCGCAAUGAUGUUUGCUCCGAUGAGCUGUACUUACCGACAUUAAUCCCAGAGGCUAUGGAGAGAGAUCCAGAGGAAGAGCAGUGUGAUCCUCACUGGCUGCAGCUGAAUGAAGUGGCCACAGGGAACCAGCUCCAUGUGGGACAGGAGGUCCCUGAGGGCAGAGUGGAGGCUCUGUGUAACGGGGCUCACCGGCUCCCCCUGCUGACGCCCUUCCCGGUGGAGGACUUUGAGUUCCCCGCCGGGGUCCGGUUGCGAGGCAUGCCGCUGUUUCCGCGGUGGCGGCUGCCGCUGAAGCUGGCGGCCUCGGUGGCGGGGGCCGCCUUCCUCUACACCCUCCUGAGGGACGUCCUGCACCCCUACGUGUCCCAGGGGCGGAACGAGUGCUACAGGAUCCCCAUUCUGGUGAUGAACAAGACCCUGCCCUGGAGCUCCAUCACCCUGCUGGCGCUGGUGUACCUGCCGGGGGUGCUGGCUGCGGGACUGCAGCUCCAUCGAGGCACUAAGUACAGUCGUUUCCCAGGGUGGUUGGACAGGUGGCUGUCCAUGAGGAAACAGCUGGGCCUGAUCGCCUUCUUCCUGGCCUCACUACACGCCAUCUACAGCCUCUGCUACCCAAUGAGGAGGUCCUACAGAUACAAGCUGCUCAACUGGGCUUAUCAGCAGGUGAAGCAGGACAAAGCCGACGCCUGGGUGGAGGACGACGUGUGGCGCAUGGAGAUUUACGUGUCGCUGGGUAUUCUGGGAUUGGCCGCUCUGGCACUGGUGGCCAUCUCCUCCCUUCCAUCCGUCAGUGACGCCCUCAACUGGAGGGAGUUCCAGUGCGUCCAGAGGAGUCUGGGAUACAGUGCCCUGCUUCUGGCCACGGCCCACGCCCUGGUGUACGGCUGGAGGAAGUGGGUGGAGCCAAAGCAUUUUGUGUGGUACACCCCUCCCUCCUUCAUCCUGGCCUCACUGUUGCCAGGGGUGGUGCUCCUGGCAAAGGGGGCGUUGCUGUUGCCAUGUGUGGACAGGAAGCUGGGGCGGAUUCGACGUGGCUGGGAGAGGCCACGCCCCCUUCCCCUCCCUCCCCGCCAGGGAGGGCCAGCGAAGCAGGUAGAGCCAUAAACUGGGCAUCAUCAGUCCCCCCACAAUGCACUGGGGUACUUCAGAAUGAACACACACCCGCUAUUGAACACUCACCACCAUUAUUUAAUGUUAACUGAACUCAAAAAGGACCAGAUUUUAUAUGAGUCCACAGUGCGUAAAAGGUUAGCUUUGAGUGUAAAAGGUGCUCAGUGAACUUGAUUGUACACUCUGUGUUCGGCUGUGAAGAAUGCCCUCCCAGAACAUGUCUUAUUUUAAAUAUAAAUUAAGAUUUUUAAAUUAAUUUAAAUAUUAAUUAAAUAUGUAGUAAUAUAUUAAAAUGUAAAAUAUAUCAUUUAAAAUAUUAUUUUAGGUAUUUGUCAGAUGCUGUAUCUUAUUACAUUGUGUCAUGUUUUUUUCCAGUUUUUAUUUUUAAUUAACUUAUAUGUAAUUGUUAUAUAAAGAUAUUGCACUUGUGGUGGUUGUUAAGUAGAGGCUGGGACUACUUAAUUUCCACACACUUGUUUAAUAUCUGUGGCUGUUAUACCUGUAUUUAAGCAACCUACUGUAUAUGCCCAUCUGUAUUUUGGUGAUAAGACCCAACGUCGCAGAAAAGAUGCUAACUUAACUUACAGAUCUCCUGAAUUCUGGGCAUGACUCACUUCAUCCAGUGGAGUUAGAGUUUAAGGGAAAUGUAUCCUUCAGUUAUUGCUGUUUGCUAUAUUGAGAAAAUUACAGCAUUGCCAGUUAAAAAUGGUGUUGUAGGAGCUGUACUGAGAUUUCCCUGUUUAACGUUUCUGAGAGUGAAAUGUAAUGGAUGGAAGUAUUUAAGAAUGAUUAAGUAAUGCACUAGAAUUGUUCUUCAUCGAUUGAAUGCUUUGCAGGUGUCCCUUAUUGGUCAAAUUUGGGGCUACUUUUAGUUUAUAUGCCAGUGAUUUUCCAUGUGUAUGUACUGAAGUUUUUUCUCAAAUAUAUUCUAAAAACUAAGAACUUCUAAGUUCACAUUACCAAUGGCAGGAAUCCUGCAGUGUUAGUAUGUAUAUCAGCCAGAGUUGGUUUUAAAGGGCAAAACAUAUUAUUUUCCAAAAGUAAAUAUGAACUACACACACAUUUUGUUUUCUUAGAUGCUGACAAAAAAAAAAAAAACGAGAACUCGAACACACUGCUCUUUGUUCCCUUCUGUUAAAAAAAAAAAAAAAAAAAAAAAUUAUUACAGACAUAGUUCUGUUGUAUUACAACUGUAUGAAUUCCGUUGCCAGGCUACAGCAGCCACCUUAACAUUCUAAAGUCACGUGUUUAUGUUUAAUCUGCUUCCUUGUUGUUUUCCCAUGGCUGGGAGAGUGACGGGGGAGGUUGAAAAAAAAAAAAAAAGGAUUUUUUUCGGAGAAAUAAAAUGAUCCAGGGCAGCAGUCCUCAUAUUGUGUCCAGGGGGACACUGUGUGUUCUGGAUUUAUACAAACCAUGAUCGCAAACCUCUGUCUUUUUAACAAGCUGUUAAUUGUUCUCGAUUAGAUGCUAUUAGUGUCUGUUGGGUGAUUAGCUCCCAUUUUAGGGCCGUGAAGGCUACUAUUUUACACAUCAUGAUGAUGCAUGUGAUAAUAUGCAUAAUACAUAUUCAUGCAUUUUCCAUGUUCGCAUUUCAGGACUUCCGAUCAGUUAGAACUAUUAAGUAAAAGCUCCACCACAAGCGUGGGAUCUGCUGCUUUGCAUUGUUACACAGCGCUCAAACAUGACAGGUUAUGGCAUAUUUAUAGGCUCUAGUUUCAAUCAGCUUUAGUCUUUUACUUGAAACAAAAUGUAAACAUUUCAUUUUUUUAUGUUCACAGGCUGUUUUGCAAGUUAGUGUUGUCAUUUCUGUACUGCCAAACCUUUUGUGAAAAAAUAGAAAUAAAAAGCCUUGGUAUUGUGCAA